AUGCACUUUAGGGCAGAUAAGCAUAGAAAUUGUUUAAGGAAUUCGCCAUAUGUGAUCUUUCUUUGUACAAAACUGGAAAGCUUGAGAUGGUGCACUGAGAAAGAUAUAUUAGCUGGAAAGGGAUCUAAGAUCUGUGGAAAUAAGCAUUGUGAUGUUGCCGACUAGCCUCUUCAUUCUUAUGAGGUGAAUAUGAACUAUUAAGGUGAUAAUGGUGAGGGAAAAAAUGUCCUUGUCAAAGUUAAUCUAUGCAUUGAUUGUGGAGUUAAAGUAAAUUACAAAAGACUGAAAGAUAAAGUUAAAAAAGCAAAGAAGGACAAAAAGGACAAGAAAAGCAAAAAAAAUAAAGACAAGAAAAAACAUAAGCAUAAAAAAUAAUCAAAUGAUUAAAGCCAUGAUUCAUAAUCUGAUUGA